AGAACAUUUUUUUUCCUCGUUCCUAUUCUACCAAGGUUGCAAGCCAACCUCCCACCUUGAAGCCUCACCACCGAUCUUUUCAAGGACAUCUAUUAUUCCCAAUUUACAAGAUGCUCAGACAAGUUAAACCUCGCAAUGCGCGCUCAAAGCGAGCCCUCGAGAAGCGCGAACCAAAGGCAAACGAGAAUCCCAAGACGUGCCUCUUCCUCCGCGGAACAACAUGCUCUCAGAUCAUCCAGGAUGCCCUCAACGACCUUCAUCAGAUGCGCCAACCUCUCGCUAAGAAGUUCACCAAGAAGAACGCCAUCCAUCCCUUUGACGACGCCGCCUCGCUCGAGUUUUUCUCCGAAAAGAACGACGCCAGUCUCCUCGUUUUCGGUAGCAGCCAGAAGAAGCGUCCCCAUACCUUGACUUUUGUUCGCACUUUCGGUUAUAAGGUCCUUGACAUGCUUGAGCUCUACCUCGACCCGGAGAGCUUCCGUUCUAUUGCUCAGUUCAAGACUAAGAAAUUCGCCAUUGGUCUGCGGCCUAUGAUCCUGUUCGCUGGUACUGCUUUUGAGAGCCCUGUCAGCAACGAGUUCACCCUUGCGAAGAGCAUGCUCCUUGAUUUCUUCAAGGGCGAGCCCAGUGACAAGAUUGACGUCGAGGGUCUCCAGUACAUCAUCUCCAUUAGCGCAGAGGAUAGCACUGGCGACGGUGAUGUUAAGCCCGCCAUCCACUUGCGAGUCUACACCAUCAGUACCAAGCGAUCCGGUCAGCGUCUUCCCCGUGUUGAGGUUGAGGAGAUCGGUCCUCGCAUGGAUUUCCGUGUCGGCCGAGUCAGGGAGCCCGAUGAGUCGAUGCUCAAGGAGGCCAUGAAGAAGCCUCGCGGCACCGAGGAGCGCACCAAGAAGAACAUCACAACCGACUCUAUGGGUGACAAGAUUGGUCGCGUGCAUCUGGGCAAGCAGGAUCUCAGCGAGCUGCAGCUCCGCAAGAUGAAGGGUCUGAAGCGAAGUCGAAAGGAUGCCGAAGAUGCGGUGGAUGUCGUUGAAGAGGAGGAGUCCAAGAGGAUAAAGCAAUAGUAGAUGUGCGGCAUUGCAUGCUCGGAGUUGGGCGUCUAGGAAAAGGUCUUGUAAAGACUAUGUCAAUAAUUGAUUUACUGGGUUCCAUCCCUAAGUAUGACAGGCCCUGUCGUAUGUCUAAUUGAGGUUUCUGAUAUUGCUGUCAUUUAUCUGGGCAUGGUGAUCCCGAUGCUGUCAUCUCUCCUUUGAAAGUCAGCCAUAGUGUCUAAAUACAACUGCUUGAAGCAAGGCUAGCGCUCCUUAUAUGUUCCAAUUAUUACAAGUAUCGCUCGCUGGACGAUAUCAUAUGCAUGACUACAUUCAAAGCCCCGAACCGCAUUUCUCUAUUGUAACGUCAUUAUAUACUAAUUAAAUCGAGAUCAAAGUGGAAGGCUCCCCUUUCCAGCGAUGACCUGGACACUUGUGCUGGGUAUGCAAUAUGGAGCAAUGAAACCAUAAGCACAAGCUUCGCUUGGGCUUGUUCGAUCUAAUUGUACUGUUUCCCGUGCCUGGCUGAACCUUUCAACUCGUAAGUCGUGAUCAAUGAUAGGCUUGCCAUUGUGCUGAUCAACACAAUGGCCAAGUCCUGUGGGUGUCUGGCAAAGAAUCUCGAACAUUAAGCUCUUCCCUCGUCGAUAGUUUAUCGCGCCGCGAAUGUAAUCGGACUGUAAGGUGCCAUGUGAUCUCUUACACAAGUGAUCAUUCGGACCAUCUCGUCUCGAUGCGUCUUGGUACAAUCACCGGUUCCGAUUGUGAGGAAAUGGUCGUGAAUCAUCAAGUGGAGUGAUGUUGGCCGUCCUCUUCUGUCGACUGUAGAUGGAAAGCAUUUCUUGCUGACCAGCGACAUGCUGAAGCUGGUUACCAACAAGAUAUUGAAAAGGCCGCGAGACCAGCUCUAAGCCCUAGGGCCAUCAUGGCUGUGCAUGGCUGCCACGACCCUUCAGUCAGGUGAGUCAGGAACGAUGAGAUCCUCGUCUGCAAUGGGAAUAGGAGGCUGUGCAUGCUGGUGCAACAUCUCAGCAAAUAUCUCAAUGUGCUGUGUCAUGGAGCCAACAGUCUGUUGCUCUGGUGCUUGCUCUUCGAGCUCCGUGCCCCAGAUGUCUUGUGGUAUAGAGCUGCCGUCCAACAAAGCGAUCCUUAUUGGCCACUCAAGGUGCCGCCACCACUUAGAUCCGGGCUCGAAUAAGCUGACCAGGCCCAUGACCUCUCGACGAGCCACAUCUUGCAACCACCAUACAUUAUCCAUUCGCUUCAGCAAUGCAAAGAAGCAAGCAAGGAUGGCGAGAGCACGGGGACGUCUUGCAUCAACAAGAUCAACGUAGCGCUUCGAAACAGUAGCAGGGAAUGUGAGCGCGGCAGCUGCGUGAUAGUUUUUAUGCGCCCAGUUAAGCACGCUUACGGCAUGUGAGUAAGCCUGAGUGGUCGUUGAAAGCAAACGAGGAUCUUCGUUCAUCAAUUCAUCGUUUAGCCCUUCUAGCAUAUGGCCGAAGAAUGAGUCAGGCGAGCGCGGGUUGAGGUUCAGUUGGAAACCAGGUUGCGAAUCAAUGACAACUUUGACGAUGUCGCUGUGAUGGAUCCAUUGCCACGAGUUUGCGACCACGGUCUUGACGCCCUGAAAAGCAUGGAACCAGGAGAGCGGGGGCACAUAUCGACUCGUUGCAUCCCCAGGGGCAGAAUCCCCGUCGUCCUUGACAAAGAUGCGAGAGGCACUGGCUUGGAAAGCAAUUAGCGUCGCUGUGAGGAACAGAGCCUCCGCAUUGUCGGGUGUAAUGCCCGAGCCUAGCGACGCCCCGAAUGCAGAAAGAGAGGAGGCCGAGUAGGCAUGUGAAGCGCGCACCAAUGCUUUGUCAUUCGGAGACAUUGAGCGUAGAUGGAGGGCUGCGACAGACAAGAUGGCGUCGGCGAGGUACGUCUUGCCAUUGCCAGAGAAGGCCAUCUGUGGGACGGCACGCUGCCAGAUAUCCUCAGCGGCAGGCGAGUUGGUCAGGAGCGUCUUGGAGGUGACAUUGGUGUAGUGAUGCAUCAAACGCAGCUCGAGCAUUCGUUCGCCAUGGUCUAUGGUGUUGGUGGACGAGCUUAUCGAAGGUUGCGAGUAGACGGAAGUGGGAGGGGAAGGAUUUGGUCGCGGCGCUCUUGCUGGACUUGAAGGGGCACGUGGGCGUGGUAGCGGCGUUCUUGGAGCAGAAUUGAAGUUCACAGUCGGCGCAGGCGAGGGAGUAGGUGCGCCGACACUCUCAGUACUGGUAUUAGUUGAUAUGGCAAGUUCUUCGAGGACAUCGGGGUUGCUGAAAUCGCAAGGAACGCCGUGCUUGGCACAAUUACCACAUCGUGGGUGAACCUCGUCGCACUACAACCAAUGGGAAUUUCGAGUCAGUCCAGGCGUCCAAAAACACCAACAGGUUGGGGGGGGCCAUUCAAGCCAACGCGAAGAAUGUCUAUGUUUGAACGACAAGCGUGCAAUAUGGUGCGAUGCGUUGAGGCAUAAGCAGAGGAUCGAUAAGACCUACUUUUAUCUUCCUAUUCUUACACCUCCGACAACCCGCCCGAGACUUUUUGUGAGAGCGUCGAGGAGGCAUGAUGGAUUGAGAAAGGGGGGAAAGGAGGAAGAGAUAUGUAUUUUUUUCACGUGUCGUUUGUCAACAAGUUCCUUGAGAAUGUAUGGAGAGGACCCUGAAAUGUGAGUAAAAUCGCAGCAUGGCCGCAGAGGCAGGGGGCCUCUAUACGGUUGGCUUUGAGUAAAGGAGAAGCAACAGUAGAGAGCAGAGAAGGAAGAGAGAUUAUAAGGAAGAGAAUUCCAUGACGCGUGUUGAAGAACGAAGAGAGGCGAAAUCGUGGUUGAGCACGAAACGGUCAAGUUUUCGAACUUGGGGGCAGAAGCUGGUAGUUACUGCUGAGAUUCUCCGUUUCGAGCAAGUGCGGUGAAGGAGAAUCUGGUGCUAUUGUGAUGUGAUGAGAUGCAAAUGAGGGCAGAAGAGAUGCAGCCAGCAGCCACCGCGCACCAUGAAGUGGAGGGGCGGUCCCGUCGGCAGGACAGCCUAGUGGAGCUUGGAGCCCCCGGUUCAGCGCAGUUCUAACCUGUCAUGUCCUUCUGUUGGCGUCUACAGCGAAUGGGAGCUGGGAAGGCUGCACUGCCACAGCAAGUCAAAAGUCGACAGGGAUAUGGCCCUGUCCUGUCCUUCUGCUUUGCUCCCCGAGCCCUCCUGAUAUUGCUGUGCGUGUCUUGCCUGUGUCGGGGAUGCUUUUGGUAUCAGCUUCUCAUUGUGGAGCCCGAAUAUCGACGCUUUGUCGAUUGUGUCCUUCGCCUAAGGAACCACGUAGGCGGGUGGACUGAGGAUAACAUAAAAAAGGAUGAGGACGGCCCGGAUACCACCAGAUGGUUUUCCUUUCUUUGAUCAACUCUAUGGCACAAUGGGCUGGACGAGAGACAGGUCGCAGAGGACCCUGUGACAGGAGAGACAUCCAUACUCAGACACCUGCAAAAAGGUCACACAGAUUGAAAGAUUACGCAUGGACCCCUAUCCAGACGUACUAUGGCGUAUUCCAACCAACAUGACAGCCUCAAAGCCACUCCAGUUCAGACUCAUCUUGAUGUCAAUCGGGUGAGAUAAGUUGUUCCGACUGAGGCUGUGUCAAUUGGACGUCAAUGGUAACUAUGACGGGUAGAUAAUGGAUGCAUGGAGAUAUUAAUCUUUCGUCCAAGAGUACCUACAGAAUAUGGGGGUUCUCCCUCUGUCGGAUAUUGGGGUGGUUUGGUGGUCCGAUCGUAUCAUGAGAUCUACCGUCUUUUGGGGACACGGGACGAUGGUGUCCAAUGAAACCACGACAUCCUGUCAGACUGAGAAAACGUUGAGCCGUCGGGGAUGUGGUUAUUCCGAGGGUUAGGAUGAAGGAUUCAAGACAUUCGGUGCCUGUAGAUUUGGAUGACGUUUCGAGAUUAAUUAAUUGAUGGAUUAUGAUGCAUUUUCUAAUUGAUCUGCG